AUGCCUGCCGUAAGAGCGCCUGCUAACCAACCCGUGUCGAGCAAGCUUGUCCUUCCGGACGUUGUUGUGAAGGCGGACGCGGGGCUUUGCAAAGACCGUCAGCUGCUCUUCACAAACAUCGUCUCAGGCCCCGAUUUACUGGAUGGCCGGUGGGAGACGAUUCAAUCCGAGCAUGUCACUCUGACCCACUGGAAAGCCCAUCCGGAUAACUAUCUGGGUUCUUUCCGGCAAUCUGCCAGUGGCUUUUGUGGACUUUGGAUAGUGCCUCAGAAGUGCGAGUUCAAGGUUGCCAUAGGUGCUGCCACCGAAUUCGUGGCCCAUAUCAGCGAAUGGAAACAUCGACUCAAUUCAAUUGUUUUCUUCCGGAGAAAUGGAAACAAGAACAGUCUGCCCUUCUCCAGCAAUCAGCAGGCUGCACGGUACGCUGCACUGCACGUGCUUCCAGAUCCAGAUCCGGGAUCUGGCGCAGCUUUUCAGCGAGCAAAGCAAUGGGUCGACGAUAGUAUGCACAGACACGACAAGUGUGUGGGAGAUCCCACUCCUCUUCCGAAACGAGUGGAAGAUAUUGGAAACGCGAAAAAAAUCGCUCCUUAUGUGACGAUAUCCUACAAGUGGGGUGAAGACCACCCAUUGAAAACGCGCGAUGGCAAUUUGGAAGAGAGGCGCAAAGGCAUCGCUCUCGAAGCCUUCCUGCAGACGCUGAGGGAUGGCGUGGUCAUCGCAAAGAUCCUCGGUUUCCGCUAUAUCUGGAUUGACUCUCUGUGUAUCAUUCAGGGAAACAAGCUUGACUGGUUUCAGCAGUCCGAAGAGAUGACCGCGAUUUACGGAAUGUCAACUUUAAACAUCUCGGCGAGCAGUUCUGAGUCAAAUCGGGCAGGAAUACUGAAAACCCGUCCGGAGCAAAACCUUAAGGUCGGAGUUUGGAGCCAUUCAAACUCUCAUAGCAACUGUGAGACGAUUUUCGCUGGUGAUGUCAAAGGGACCACCCCCUGGUCUGGGUUACUGUCACACCCGGCGUGUGCAGAAGUUAUCCUGAUCCAGGGCACUGCGGAGCUUGAAUGA